AUGCCCGGCAAUGGACCUCAAACACAGGGACAGCUAGAAGAAGAAUUGGCUCAAAUUCGUCGCUAUGAGGACUUUAGUACCAUUGACUGGGUCAAGGAUGCCAUUCUCGAACGCUAUCGGCAAUCGUCCUUUCAAAAACGGAACCAAAAUGACAAUUCCUGGGAAGCAUGGUGGCGUAUGACUUUUGAAACAACACAGACAUGGAUUGUAGUAUCACUUGUUGGUGCUGCCGUGGGCUUGAAUUCAGCCUUGAUUGCAAUAGUCACCGAUUGGUUAUCUGAUAUCAAGAUUGGGUAUUGUUCGAAUGGAUGGUGGCUCAACCAGAAAUAUUGUUGCUGGGAGAUUGAGCAAGAUGAUGGUGGAUGCGAAUACUGGGUCUAUUGGAGUCAAACGCUAGGUCUUAGUCGCGAUGCUUUUGUUAUCCAAUGGUUAUUUUACGUGGCGCUAGCGACCUUGUUUGCCACAACAUGUGCUUACCUUGUCAAAGUACUUGCUCCUUAUGCCGCUGGUUCCGGCAUAUCAGAGAUUAAAUGCAUCAUCGCCGGUUUUGUGAUGAAGGGCUUUUUGGGAGGCUGGACCUUGAUGAUGAAGAGUGUUGGAUUGGCCAUGGCUGUAGCAUCCAAUCUCUCUAUCGGUAAAGAGGGUCCAUCGGUUCAUAUGGCAUGUUGUGUUGGCAAUGUUAUAUCAAGGAGCUUUCAGAAAUAUCGAACAAGCAAAGCGGAAAUGCGAGAAAUGCUGACAGCUUCCAGUGCGGCGGGUGUUGCUGUUGCCUUUGGAUCACCAGUGGGCGGUGUAUUGUUUGCACUAGAGGAAAUGACAUCAACCUUUUCGAACCGGAGCAUGUGGAAGAGCUUCUUUUGUGCCAUGAUUGCAACCAUUGUCUUACAGGCCAUGAAUCCUUUCAGAACCGGAAAGCUUGUCAUGUUCCAAGUCAGCUAUGAUCGUGAAUGGCAUGGAUUUGAGUACAUUUUUGUGAUUGUGAUUGGCAUAUUUGGGGGUCUAUAUGGAACUUUCGUCAUCAAGUAUAAUGUCCUUGUUGCCCAAUUCAGGAAAAAGUAUUUACGCGAUGUCCCUGUUCUUGAAGCGGCGGUGCUGGCAUUCGUGACAGCCCUGGUGGCAUACCCGAAUGUCUUUAUGCGUAUUGAUAUGACUGAGAUCAUGGGGAUUCUAUUCCGAGAAUGCGAAGGAAACGAAUAUGAAGAUUAUCAUGGACUCUGCCAGGCAAGCGAGCUUGGGCGGAUCGUUGGACUUUUAUUCAUCGCAACAGCCUUACGAACAUUUGGAACAAUCGUAUCUUAUGGUUGCAGAGUUCCUUGUGGUAUCUUUGUACCAUCCAUGGCUAUCGGUGCAACUUUUGGUCGCAUGAUUGGAUUAUUGGUGAAAGCAUGGCAAGAAUCCGAUCCACAAUUCUUUUUGUUUGCAAGCUGUAAACCAGAUGUUCCUUGCAUUACGCCAGGCACUUAUGCAUUCCUUGGUGCUGCUGCUGCUCUAUGUGGUGUCAUGCGUAUUACGGUCUCGGUGGUUGUCACCAUGUUUGAACUGACAGGGCAGGUCACUUAUAUUCUUCCCACCAUGAUUGCUCUCAUGAUCACCCGUGCUGUUGGCGAUCGCUUUGGCAGUGGAGGCAUUGCCGACCGGUACAUUCGCCUCAAUGGAUAUCCAUUUUUAGACAAAGAGGACCAUGUGUUUGACGUUCCUGUGUCGCAUGUAAUGCAACAAGACAUGGUUGUGCUGGAAUCCAAAGGAAUGCGUAUACAGGACAUUGAGGAAUUACUGGAAGCUAGCAAUUAUCGAGGAUUCCCUGUGGUGUCGAACAAAUCAAAUAUGCUGCUACUAGGAUAUAUUGGUCGAACCGAGUUAUCUUAUUUGCUUGAUAAGGCUCGGUCGACAAACAAAGCCAACAAUGAAACCCUGUGUCGAUUCAAACCUGAUGAAGAUGAGACUGAGGACCUUUCCAAUAUAUCAAGUGGCGAUCCAGUGAUACAAGGUUCACCUGAAGUUUUGGAUUUUGGGUCUUACAUUGAUCAAACUCCCAUCACCGUGCAUCCAAAGCUUUACCUGGAAACCGUCAUGGACAUGUUCAAGCAGCUGGGACCACGUGUCAUUCUCCAGGAGCAGCGUGGAAAACUAGUGGGUUUGGUGACCGUCAAGGAUAUCCUCAAGUACAUGGCACAUUUGGAAAAUGCUGAAUCAAUGAUACACAAUGGCAAUGACGAUGGAAGAGACGUUGGAGUGGUGUUUGAAAGAUUUAUCACAUGGAUAACACGGAGAUCCACCCAAAUGGGAAAUUACAUGCGACUCAAUACCUCUGCAGAAGAAAUACAUGAGCUCAAUGGCCGUGUACCAUAG